UCGUGGGUCGACGCCCUCAAAGAGAACUCAGAGAGCUUUCUGUGUCAACACGCUUGAAGAGUAAACAAAUGCACGUGCACUGUCGUGUUCAGCCAGUGACGAGAAUACCCUUUGGCUUCCUGAGUACUGCUUGGGAAUAAGGAACCACCUCAAGCAGUUAACACACACAGAAUCAAGUUUUCCCAUCGAGACCCACCCGUCACUGGAGGGUGCUAGGACAGGUGCUGAGCCAUGCCCCCCAGGAGACCGCAGAGUAAACAGAAGUUGCCCAGCAAACAAGCAAUCCAGAAAAAGUCCCCAGCUGUGGAAGAAGAUGCUGAAGCAGCAGAGAAGUUUAAGGUUGAGCUGCAGUGGUGUGUGCAGCAAAUAGAAGCAGCCAUGCAGAAAGCUUCCAUCAAAGAAAAAGAGGAUAUGGCCAAAUCACAUCGCACCCUGACAAGUAGUAAGGCAUCACACAUUAAAAAGAGGCAACUGAUGAACUCCUUAUUUGGUGAUUACCGAGCUAAAAUGGUAGAAGAGGAAUCCAAAAUGAAAACUGAGGCACCUAAACUGAAGAAACACAGUGCUGUUCCAGAGAAAUCUAUGUUCCUUAGAAAGUCAGCAAUCCACUCCCCUUCCACUACUACUGGGCCUCCAAUGCACUUUCAAGAUGGUGUUGAGAAGACUCCACCAGCUGAAGAUCCAAAUUUGCCAGAUAGUGAAAGUUCCAGUGCAUUAAAUACCAAAGAACCUGAACAUGGUGAAAGUAAGGGUGGAGGAACAAGUACCUCUGAUUCCAAUGAGCUUGGAAAUCUUUCUGAAGGAAGUGUAGGAGAUAAGAAAACAGCAUCUAAUCCUUUCAGGUUUCCUUCACAGUCAGAAAAUGCAUUCAAAUUUAAUUUUUCUAUCUCUUGAAUUCUUGAUAGUUUUAACUUGAAUGUGUUAAGUGAAUCUUACAUGAUUCCUCCAUCUCUCUCUCUCUCUCUCUCUCUCUCUCUCUCUCUCUCUCUCUCUCUCUCUCUCUCUCUCUCUCUCUCUCU